UUAAAGGUCUGAAGACAUGAAUUUUUAAAUUGGGAAUAAAUUUAAUAAAGUGUAGUUAUUGCAGUAAAUAUUAAAGAAAUUGUUUUGUUUUUUGUAAACAAAAAAUGCCAAGCCAUUUCCAUAAACUUAAGCCGUGAUUUUACACCUAAAGUGCCUAUUUAAUGUAGAAGCAUUAAAAUUUUAAAAUAUUGUUAAUCGGUAUAGCAGCGGUGUGUUAUUUUAUUUCUAUUAUGUAUAGUAAGAAAAGGAAAUAUCAAAAAUAUGUAUAAGUGGAAAGUAGCCAUUUAUUGAAAACAUGCCAUUCCCUUUGUGUAUUAAUAAAAUAAAAUGGUCUACUCAAAAUUAGAUAUUAAUAAGUGAAGUGGAAUAGAGAUAAGAUUUAAAAAAAAUAAAAAUCAGAAAGUAUAUAAAUAAAAUUUUUUCUAAAUUGAUUUUCAAAAAAGUUGAAUUAAAUAUUUCAAAUAUCUGCACUUAUACUAUACGUCAAAAUGUCAUUUAAAAUCUAUUACAGAAAUUAGUGACAUAAAAUUUAGUAUACCAUAUUUUUCUCUUUACUAUAAUAUGUAUGAUAAUGAAGAAAGUGAAUUUUAAUAUUUCGUUCAUAUAGCAAGUUGAUUAUUUGUAUUAAAAAAAAUGGCUACUUUGACAUUAAAGCCAAACUCAAAUAGUUGUAAGUAAAAUAUUGUUACACAAAGAAAUAUUCCAAUUGAAAAAGUAAAUUAAUGGGUAAAAGUUACUGUGUCAAAAACUUAUAUUUAAAUUGGUAUUAUUACAUCAAAAGUGCUCAAGUGCUUCAACGUCAGAUAUUAUAUUCUAUAAGUAUGAUACUUAUACUUAGAUAUACAAAUGUGCGAGAACAAAAUUGUUCUUUGAUUUGUUUAAAACAUUGAUCUGAAGGGUUCAAAUUUAUAAGAGAUAUCGAAAACAUUCAAAAUACGCAAACUAAUACACUACAUCAAAAAAACUGCCUGCAAAAUAAAUUGAGAAAAAUCAUUAAAUAUAUUGAAAUAUGAUAAAUUGAGAAAGUAAAUGAAUCCAUAUUUGCAACAGGUAUUUUCAAAGAAAACCAAACUUGGAACUGUAAGCUAAAAUUGUUUUUGAUUUUGUUUGUUAUUCUCUAAUACUUUUCAAAUAAGACCAUACUUCUUGUUUUAAUAUCCAGUUUUUCUUAAUGAAUUGGUCAGUCUGUCAGAAAUGAUUUUAAAAACAAUAGAAUAAAUGUAGUAAACAAACAACCAUACAAAAUUAUUCGAAAAAUAUAACUUUCAACCGUAACAAUUUGUACUUUAUUUUAGCCCAGUUAAAAUUGUUAAUUUAUCAAAUAUUGUACUGUGAAAAAUUUAAAUAAAUACUGUGGAACAUUCAAUCUAUAUAAAUUAAUUUUGGCUGAGUAAAAUUCUAUGGAGAAAAGAUUUUAUUUGUGAAAUAUUUCUAAUAUUUUGUUUUAACUAUUUGUAAUUUAAAAGGUCUCAUUGAGUUUUUUUUUAUUUAAGGUUUACCACUAAAUAUUUGAAAAUUAUAUUUUUAAAAAAAGAAAUUCUACAAAAAAAAAAAUCUAUAAGAAUUCUAAUAAAUAUUUUUGCAAAACAAAAGAUAUGCGAAAGGGCAAUGAGCCUAUUAAAAUAGUGUAUCCAGCGGCGAGUAGUAAUUCAAACGUUUCCGAAACACCAGCAACAAUCCAUUCGAAUAAUCAACUUCAACAUUUAAAUGCUACAAUGAACAAUCAAACAAGUACAACUAAUCGUGUAGCUUUCACAAAUCAAUCAUUGCCAAAUGGUACUAUAAGUAUAACAACACAACCUACUCAAUUAGGGCACCACUCGAUAAUGCACCCUGCUUCUUCUGCUAGUGUUAUUCCAACAUCGACAACUAUUAAAACUAUAUCAACUAGUGGUGCCGGCCAAAAUCAAAAUCACCCACAUAGUAUGGGCGGAUCUACACAAACUUUGGUAAUUAAAAAUCAAACAGUUUCACUUCCAGCUGGACUUGUCUCUAGUGCACCAGGUGGAUUAGUUACUAUGACAAAAGCUAUUAAUCAGGGUAAUCAAGCUAGUAUCGUAAGCAAUAUGCUGCCAGCCGGUGUUGUAAUGGGUGUGAGAGCUAAUACUCCAAACACAAACCCACAAAAAAGCGUGAACAGCAAUCCUUUACCGCGUGUUGUAAUAGGAAACACUCAUAUGGUUGGAGCUCGCCCGAAUAAUCCAGCGAUUACAUUAAGUACUAUUCAACAGAGUGGGCCAGCUUUAAUCGUUAAAACUGAGAAUGGAUACCAAUUGCUUCGUGUUAGUCCGGCUACUCCUACCAAUCAACCAACAACAAAUAUUGGCCAGCAAAUGUCAACAAGUACUGGAAAUCAAACAAUACGUUUGCAAACUGUACCGGCUUCCAUGUCCGUAUCAGCCCCUUCAAAUAUAGUUGUAAAUUCAGCAGGGACUUCGAAUUCUAAUCAAAUUUUAGCAAAUCAAGUUAAUAGUACCGCUUCACAUCAUCAGCCCACUGUAGCUCCUGUGGUACCUGUGACUUCAGUUUUGCAAACUCAACAAUUUAAUCAGCCAGCAUCCCACCAAACUCAGCAUCAGCAGCAACCGCAAACUCAAGCACAAUCAUCUCAGUCGUCGCAAAUACAAUUGCACCAACCCAUUUCUUCACAGCAAGUGCAACAGCAACCACAACCGCAGUUGCUGCAUCAACAGUCUUCACACCAACAGCCACAUGUUCAAACAUCGAAUCAGUCACAAACACUUCAAGUUCAACAAACCCAACAAAAUGCUUUGGCGGCUGGAAGCGGAAUCAAUCAGCAGAUAAAUACAUCAUCUGUUCAACAAAAAAGCCUUCAAGGAAAUACCAAAGAAAAGUGUCGAAAAUUUUUAGCAAAUUUGAUAGAAUUGUCGACGAGAGAACCGAAACCAGUUGAAAGAAGUGUUAGAACCUUAAUUCAGGAAUUAAUUGACUCGAUUGUGGAACCCGAAGACUUUUGUGAUAGAUUAGAACGUUUACUUAAUGCAAGUCCGCAGCCAUGCUUAAUAGGUUUUUUGAAAAAAAGUUUACCUCUUCUUAGACAAUCCCUUUUUACGAGAGAAUUAGUGAUUGAUGGUAUUAAACCUCCUCCGCAGCAUGUUGUUUCAAUAACAUCAGGAAGUGCAUUGCAACAACAAUUUCCGCGAAUACAAGCUCAAAUUCGCCCAAUUGGGCAGGCAACAACAAUAGGGCAAACACAAGUACGAAUGGUUACUCAAACUGCACCCAGGCCUAUAGGUCAAACAACAAUAACAAAGCAAACUAUCAGUUCAGGAGUUAAAAUUCAGUCUCCCCUAUCAACACCACUAAGUGGACCACGAUUAAAUAAUACACAAAUUAGAUCAAUUGGUGCUAUUGAAGCACAUGCCGUACAGCAACCACCUGCAUUACAACCUGUUAAUAGAAAUCAAGUUUUUCAGGCGCCUCAGAACAUUGUGACGGUAAAGGGAUCACAAAGCGGAAUUCGCGUUCCAGGAAAUGUUCAAAUUAGACCUGCAACUUCAGUUCGUGCAAAAACUUCAACUAACACGUCAACUACGAUGGGGUUGAAUCAAAUAACAAUGCCUCAAGUUAAAGUAGGACAGACACAAAUUAAGCAACUUACUCCAAUUCAAAAUAAUAACAGCUCAAUUUGCUCGACAAUACCUGCACCUCCGGCGUCCCUGCCUGUUGUAUCAGCUCCAAUUCUAGUUUCGCCUGCUCCUGUUAGUUUUCCAUCUGCGGCUACAACACCUUCGGUGAAUAAUACAAACAGUAGUACUGUUCUCAACACUACUACUGCUAUAACGACGAGUAUAACAACACCAACUAGUACGCCAAAAAUUAUAACUGUGAAAGCACAAAACUCCUCACAAGUAAUUGCUAGAACGACUUCUAAGAAGAAACAAUUAUUGGAAGAAAAAUCUGUAUCUGCAACAUCAUUCUUCCAACAACCCUCUAUGUCAACGGCGUCUUCGAUGUACGGUGACGAUGAUAUUAAUGAUGUUGCAGCUAUGGGAGGUGUGAAUUUAGCAGAGGAAUCACAAAAAAUUCUAGGGUCAACUGAAAAUAUCGGAACUCAAAUAAGAUCUUGUAAGGAUGAAGUUUUUUUGCAUUUACCUGCCUUACAAAGCAAGAUAAAAAAUUUAGUCACUGAAAAAGGCUUGGAAGAUCCAAGUCAGGAAGUAUCUGUUUUAAUAUCACAUGCAUGUCAAGAAAGAUUGAAAAAUAUUGUCGAAAAGCUUGCUGUGAUUGCGGAGCAUAGAAUUGAUAUAUUAAAAAUUGAUUCUAGAUACGAAGUUACGAAAGAUAUUAGAGGUCAAAUAAAAUUCUUGGAAGAGCUUGAUAAAGCGGAGCAAAAGCGACAUGAGGAGCAGGAAAGGGAAAUGUUAUUUCGAGCUGCAAAAUCUAGAUCUAAAAUAGAAGAUCCAGAGCAAGCUAAACUUAAAGCUAAGGCAAAAGAGAUGCAGAGAGCUGAAAUGGAAGAGAUUCGUCAUCAAGAAUCAAAUAAAACUGCAUUGCAGGCUAUUGGGCCACCUCGAAAAAAAACCAAAUUUGACGGAGAUGUUGCGUCGUCAGGAUCUCAAUCAACUUCCUAUGGCGCUGGAGCAAGUGGAAUAUCUUCAGCUGUAUUUAGACCAAGAAUUAAACGUGUUAAUUUGAGGGAUAUGUUAUUUUUUAUGGAACAAGAACGUGAAACUUGUAGAAGUUUAACAUUGUAUAAGUCAUAUCUUAAGUGAUUGCAAAUUAAAUGGGAAAGGAUGCAUAAACUGCUUAUAUAUUUUCCCGAUUACAAUACUUUUUCAAAAGAAACAUAUGUAUAUUCUAUUUGAAGUUAUGCAGUAAUGAAACAUGAUCAUUUAAUUAUUUUUUUUUUUUGUAAACAAGACCUAAACAAAUUGGUUCCCUACAAAAGUUGCUAUACGUUUUUUUUAUUUUAAGGUUAAAUUUUAAAUCCAGUAUGGUUUACAAAAGCAGAUUUUUUCAAGAAGGCAAAAACAGCUGAACUUACAAAAUUUGAUAACCUUAAUAUAUAUAGAGCUCAUGGCUCUUAGAUAAAAGCAUUUUUUGUCAAUAGAAAUACGUUUAAAUCGUUUUAUAAAAUCCCCGCGUUCAGGUACUGAUAUAUGUAAAUGGUUAUUUAAAAUACCAAAUAUUAAUAUAUUUUAAAAACCGUCGUUGUAAUUAGAACGAACUGUAUCUAGUUUUAAUUUCUAAGUUUUGUCAAAAAAAAAAUUUUACUAGUUAGUAUUUGUUUUAGUUUAAAAGAAAACUACAAGUAAAUCAUGAAUUUCAUUACCAAACAAAUUCGCUGUCGAAUUCAAAAAUAUAAAUAGAAAAUUAAUUUUUUUUUAUUUAAACGUUUUAAAUGACUAAAAUCAAACAUUUUUUUUCAUUUUAAUCAACCCAAUAAAUUG